AUGUCUUUUGCCCCUCCUCCAGGACCGCCGCCUCCGCCUGUCCCACCAGGUUGGAAGGCCCAGUUCGACGACCGCUACAAAUCAUGGUACUUCGUCAACCUCAAAACAGGCGUCUCUCAAUGGACACCCCCAGAAGAACACGACCACCCCGCACCACCAGACAGCGGUGCGCCACCAUCAUACCAUGACUCUGGCCCAGCGAACCCCGCCAUCGCCGCAGAAGCAGCUCGCGAUGAGAAAAAGACCUCUCAUCUAGCAUCCAACAAUCCUUAUAGCUCCGGCGGUGCUGGUGGCGCAUCAAGCCGUCAAAGCGUGGAAGAUGACGCUAGACUCGCUGCACAACUACAAGCCGAAGAAGAUGCGCGUGCUAGCGGCAAUCGGGAUCGUGGGGAGAAUUCGGGGUAUUAUAACAACUCUUCAAACAAUAAUCUGUCACAACCUCCUAUUCCGCCUCGACCUACUUCAUCUAGCGGAUAUGAUCAGCAGCAACAGCAGUCGUCGUCGGGUAGCCGUGGCUUCUUGGGCAAACUGCUUGGCAAAUCGUCAAAUAAGCAAUACAACACUCCUCCUCCCCAGGGACAGUACCCGCCUCAGCAGGGUGGAUAUGGAGGUUAUGGUUCGCCACCACCUCCUCCUCAGGGAUACGGAGGUUACCCGCCUCAGGGAGGUUACUACCCCCCUCAACAAGGCUACUAUCCACCUCAACAAGGAUAUUACCCGCAACAGGGCUAUGCACAGCAACCCCCUAAGAAAUCAGGAGGUCUAGGUACAGCCGGCACUGCUGCAUUGGGUAUUGGCGGUGGUCUGCUUGCUGGUGCUUUGAUUACAGACGCUAUUGAGGAUCAUGAUCAGUCCGAAUAUCAGCAGGGGUAUGACCAGGGUUAUGAUAAUGGUUAUGAUAACGGUGGCGGUGAUGACUUCGGUGGUGGUGAUUUUUAG